AUGACAUCAGGAGAGGCUGCAUGGGCAAGCGGCUUUGAGCAGUUGGCUGCACUGCAGACCGGAGCGGAGGUGACAGCGCUGCAUGCCAUGCAUCCUUCCAAGAUGGAUGGGCUGGCCCUUUUUGCAGCGGCUGGGACUGCAAAGGGUGUCCUGCAGUUCCUCAGCCCUGCGGGCCAAGUCAUUGCCGCCCAUGACACAGGCCUCGGGCUACGAAUUUCUGCCCUUGCAAGCCACCGGGUCUCGCGCAAUGAGUCUUUCGUGGCAGUGGGGCUAGCUGAUGGGAGCGUGUCCAUACUCAGGAUACGCUACUCACUUUCAAGGGCGCACAGGAACGCUGCUGAGAGGGGGACGAUCCACAGUGUCACGAUUGAGCGCCAGCUGUCAGGUGCUGAAGGGAGUGACGCCAGUGACAGCACGGUAACGCACCUGGUCUUUCUGGCACCUCCCAGGGUGCCACACCAGCUUGUGGUUGCCAGAGGCUCUGGCCAUGUGGAUUUGUGGCGCAGCGACGGGACCCUGCGGUUGCGCUUAAAAGCCGAGGGUAAGAUCAUGCUGGUGAAAGUGACCCCAAAGGGGGCUCUUCUCAUCACUUCUUGGGGAGUUGCUGCAGCUUUAUUCCCAAAGGAUCAGCCCUCAGCCACCCCAGAACUGGUUGGCCUCGUAAAGGCAGCCUGCCAAGGAAUGGAUGAUUCGACCAUCGUCAGCGCUGCUUGGGCAGUCAAUGAUCAAGGAGCACCACAGUAUGACAGGGUCUGGCACAGGACACACGUGCAGGGGUCCCCACAGGUAGCACAGAUGGAGUCCAUCAGGGGCUAUGUCCUGCUGGCCUCACGAGAUGUCAUCCAAGUCUUCAAGGCCAACAGCACCGGCUUGCAUGCAAUCAUAUCGCAGCCCCUGGAGGUUCUUGCGCAGGAGGGUGGUAGACAGGAUCUGCCUGAGCGGGGGUUCACGCCAAUCCUGGCCAGUUCGAGGUACAAUUUGGUCAUGGCUGCGCUGGGCAAUGGCCUGGUUGGCAUCUACAAGUCCAAGCUGCCCUUCAGAGAGCCGGUUGACCUGCAGACAGACAGCUUCAGGCGGCCUCUCUAUGCAAUUGUAAUGGCAUUUGUGAUCUACUGGCAAUACUCCCGCAUGAAGGGCCGCAGAGCGAGCACCCGGGUGGUGGGACCCAACCAGGGACGGAAGAGUCCCCUGGAUGUUAAACUCAGGCCAGCAUUGGAGCACCCUGUGUCCAAUGAGGAUGAGGACGCAGAGUUUGCUGAGGAGAUCAGGGCGGCAUAUGAGUCUGAGCAGCGCGGCGGUGUCGGUGCGCGCAGCAGAGGCCCUGAGGCUUUGCUGGGGCUGGUGGUGCAUGAGGGAUUUGGCAGCGGUGGAGGGUCAUACAGGGGUGAUAAUCUGGGCAACCCUCCCGAGACAGGCGGGCUGCUGUGGCCCGGGCAGGAGGUUCUUAGGCUCAGGAGGAGGGGUGCAGAUCUGGGGGAGAUCGAGGGAGAUGAAGGUGCGGAUGAAGGGGUUUUCGCGCGAUCAGAAAGUGCUGAAGGUCAGAACAGCAGCGCGGAGAACAGGCGUGUGCUGGGUUUGACGACAGGAGAGUUGCAGGCUCGCAUUGCCGCGCUGUGUGCAACAGCAGAUAGAGGGCGGGAUGCACCUCAGGGGCCCACUUACAACGGAAGCGAUGUAGAUGGGUUACAAACAGAGGAAGCUAUGACAACAAAGAGGAGGAGAGAGUGAUAGCCUGGAAGAUGUCAAUAAACUUGUCAAAUAACAGCCGGACAUGUUGAGAUACCCUUUGGAGUCAUUUACAUUCAGAAACUGAUUAGAAAUCUGACUUUCAGCUUUGAUCAGGAAUGAUGCAAACAAUUAAGUCAGACCGAGCAGCAGAAAAUAAUGAAAGGUCAGGCUUGCAAGUGAAGAUUUC